GCAACGGCAGCCGACUCGGGAACUUUUUUCGUGCACUUGUAAAGGGGGACCCAGCGUCCACUUUUUUUGUUUUUAACCGAGAGGCGGCUAGUUAGCCGAUGCUAACGCUGGCUGCUACUUUUCAAUGGAUUCGCUACUUAGCAUUUUUUUUUUUUUUUAAUUUUCCAAACGAGCUGUCAUGGCGCCUCCCGCGAAGGAGUCGCGGCCCCGCACUCGAUUCGGACAGACGCGGCCAUUUAGCCGACUCGACUACAAGUCGCCGACAUGUUGAGUUAUUCUCCCGCUGGCUUAGGAGCGGACUUCUUGGCGUUUUUGGCCUUUGUGCGGCGGCUUUGUCUAGUUGUUAGUUCAUGGCUGACGCUCGCGAGUUGGUCGAGAUGGAAUAAUACAAUACAUGCCCGCCUGUCAAUGAAAUAUGCUCACUAUAUCAUUAUUUUGAAACAGUGCACGGAGCCGACGCAAAUUUGUUAUUUCAAAGUACGUCGGAAGAGUGUUCCCGAGUUGGAAAAAUCGCAAAAAGCGAGGCGCUCGCCAGACGAGAUAAGUCGAUCCCCGAUGAGGCUCCUCCAUCGCCAAUAGAUGUCACUUGUGCGGGGCUUGCAGCGUGACUUCGGCGUGCAGGGACUCGAUUCACAGAGGCGUCAGCUGCUCUGCUUUCCGUGGCUUAUCCCGUAGUGUGAUGCGCUCUUUGGGCAUCGCUCCACGCGGUUCCUGCCCCCCCCCGCCGCAGCUAGCCGCUAGCUCGCCCUUUCACUUGGAAGGUAACCGGGGAAAGAGGCUACCUGCUGGGGGUUCUGCUGCGGCGCGUGGAAGUCUUUCUCAAUAGAGCGUGAGAGGACUUGGAUGGAAUGGACAGCAAAGGGAGCUCCCUGCCUUCGAUGCCCGAGCCGGCCAAUCCCGUCAGCGUUAAGCGGCCGGCGGAUUCCCGCGGCGACCCUUCCCUCCUCAUGGACCAGGCCGCCGCCCAACUGGCUGCCACCUUGCAGGACAGCGUGCUCCAGAAGAUGUCUGGCCACGAGAGGCUGAAGGACCUUACGUCUCUGGUGCUCAACAGCGACCAGGACGCCGUCCCCAAGCUGUGCGCCGCCGAGACGCCCGUCCUCAAGUGCGGCGAAGUGCCGAAUUCCAACGGCGGCCGUCCGCACUCGCGCGGCGAGCCGGUGCUGCAAGCGGCCGUCCCCCAGUCGGUCCGGACGCCGAUCUUUGAGCCGUGCUCAGCCGUCGUUGAAGGUGCGGCGUCUGCGCCCGUAGAAAGGCAGGAGGUGAAGAAGCGGCGGGGUAGACCUCUCAAAGCAAAACUCCAAGCUGACCUCUGUUCUUCCGCCGUACCCGAAGAUGGUCUCGUCGGCUCGGGUUCUGCUUCGGAGGAGGCUGAUGAGUCGCAAGCCGUGGUCCGCAGAGAGCGCCCACAGCAUCAGAAGGAUCUCAUAGUCCGAAGGUAUCAGUCAGGAGAAGGGUACAAAAGAAUUUCCAAGGCACUGAACAUGCCGUGGAACACAGUGAAGACGGUCAUCGUCAAAUGGAGAAAAUACGGCACAACAGUGACAUUGCCACGAACUGGACGUCCCUCCAAAAUUGAUAAAAAGACCAGAAGAAAACUGCUUGGAGAGGCUGCCAUCAGCCCAACAGCAACAUUGAAGGACCUGCAGGAAUUCCUGCCCGCCGUCGUCUCUGAGGCAUCAGCGGACACGAGAGAAGUGCCGCCUUCGCCCAGCGGCUUCUCUGUUGGCGACGUUGUCUGGACCAAGGUGGCGGGGUACCCCUGGUGGCCCUGCAUUGUGACCACCGACCCGGAGCUCAAUCAUCACAUCAAACCCAACGCUAAAAGCAGGCUGGGCCUCCUUUACCACGUCCAGUAUUUUGGAGACGCCCCCGAGAGGGGUUACAUUUUUGAGAAGAACAUGGUGUUGUUCGCCUCUGAGAGCCAAUACCAGGAGCUCAGCCUGUGCAACAAGCAGCCGGCCUCCAGAAUCCAUCACAAAAAGACACUUCAAUCUGUGCCCCGUAAACUGCACCCCCAGUGGAAGAUGGGCGUCAUCCAGGCCACCGAGGCGCUGGCCAUGUCGCUGGAAGACCGCUUGGCCAACUUCAUCUUCGUGUACGACGACAAGGGGCCCCACCUCAACCCCUGCAUCCUGGACAAGUUGAAGCCGGAGCCCGGCAUGGAGGCCGAGGCCCGACUGUUGAUGGGCCAGGUGGCGGCGGCGAAACAGAGGGAGCGGCUGAAUGGAGGCCAUCUCAAGAAGAGCGUGCAGAGGAAAAAAAAUGACCGUCUACUGCAGGAUCGACUCCCUGUGGAAGCGGCGGGACCGCUCACGAAGAAGCCGAGGCCCAACCGACCCGGCUCCCUUUUAAAGGCGGACGGGGGCAGGAACCCAUCCACGGGUCCGGCUAAGAAGAGGUUAGGAGAAGGUUCGGCUCCAGGUAAGAGAGGGCUGAAGAAAGUCUACAAAAAGACAAGCGUGGUGGACCAGCAGCCCAAAAAGAGGCAAAAAAAUUCCCCGGCGUGGACUCUUGCGGGAGCCGAAGAGGAGACGAAGAUGAGGCGGCCGAAGCCUGCCAAAGAAGUCAAAGAAACCACCAAGCAGCUGAAGAAGACUCAAGGGCCUCUUACAGAUGAUCAAGAAGCUGAGAAACCAAAGCCCAAGAGGAAGUGGAAGCAGGAUGGGAAGGUCCUCGCUGAGCUGUGCAAGGCCAAAAAGAGGCGCUCGUCACUUUGUCCCGAACCGGAGGGUUCUGGCAGCGAAGGAUGUCCCGAUUCGCCGGGUGACAGCCUGGAUGGGAUGAAGAAGGGAGAACGCAAGAAAGAGUUUGUCUGCCAGGUGUGCGAGCGGGCCGGCGAGGAUCUGCUUCCCUGCGAAGGGCCGUGCUGCGGAAUGUUCCAUCUCAGCUGUCUGGGCGAAAGCUUGAAGCGCGACGACAAGCUGCUGUGUCGGCCGUGCAGCACGGGGGUUCACUCGUGCUUCACGUGUAAGCGGUCGGACGGGGAGGUGCGCCGCUGCCACGUUGCCCACUGCGGCAAGUUCUACCACGAGGCGUGCGCCCGCCUCAGCCCGCUGACUGUGUUUGACAACAAAGGUUUCCGCUGCCCGCUGCACGCCUGCAUCAGCUGCCACUUCGGGUGCCGCACCCAGCACAAGUCCACCAAAGGGCGUCUGAUGCGAUGCCUGCGCUGCCCCGUGGCCUACCACGUGGGAGACCAGUGUGUGGCGGCGGGCAGCGAGACCAUCGCCAACACCGCCAUCGUUUGCACCAACCACUUCAACGCCAAGAAAGGAUACUGCCACCACAGUCAUGUCAACGUCAGCUGGUGCUUCGUCUGCUCCAAAGGAGGUCAACUGCUGUGCUGCGAGUCUUGUCCGGCCGCCUUCCACCCGGACUGCCUGAACAUCGCCAUGCCGGACGGCAGCUGGUUCUGCAACGACUGUCGCGCCGGCAAAAAGCCCAAAUACCGAGACAUCAUCUGGGUCAAACUGGGAACUUACCGAUGGUGGCCCGCGGAGAUUCAACACCCCCGCAACAUUCCCACAAACAUCCAGCACCUUCGCCACCAGAUCGGCGAGUUCCCCGUCUUCUUCUUCGGCUCCAGGGACUACUUCUGGACCCACCAGGGCCGGGUCUUCCCUUACAUGGAGGGCGACCGUGGAAGCAAGUACCAGCGGACCGGCAUCGGGAAGGUCUUCAAGACCGCUCUGUUGGAGGCUGAAGCUCGCUUCAAGGAGAUGAAGAUGAAGCAGGAAGCCAAGGAAGCGCAGGAGAAAAACCGAAAACCUCCCCCCUACAAGUUUAUCAAGGUGAACAAACCGGUGGGCAAAGUCCAGGUGUACGCCGCCGACGUCUCCGAGAUCCCCAAGUGCAACUGCAAGCCGUCGGUGGAGCGUCCGUGCGGCUUCGAGUCGGAGUGCUUGAACCGCAUGCUGCAGUACGAGUGCCACCCGCAGGUGUGCCCCAGCGGCGAGCGCUGCUGCAACCAGGACUUCACCAAGCGGCUCUACCCGGACACCAAGAUCAUCAAGACGCCCGGCAAGGGCUGGGGCCUGGUGGCUCUGCGCGACAUCAAGAAGGGCGAGUUUGUCAACGAAUACAUCGGCGAGCUGAUAGACGAGGACGAAUGCCGGGCCAGGAUCAAGUACGCUCACGAGAACAACAUCACCGACUUCUACAUGCUCACCAUUGACAAGGACCGCAUCAUCGACGCCGGUCCCAAGGGGAACUUUUCCCGUUUCAUGAACCACAGCUGUCAACCCAACUGCGAGACGCAAAAGUGGACCGUCAACGGAGACACGCGCGUCGGACUGUUUGCCGUCAGCGACGUCCCAGCAGGCACCGAGCUGACAUUCAACUACAACCUGGACUGUUUGGGAAAUGAGAAGACGGUGUGUCGCUGCGGCGCCCCGAACUGCAGCGGCUUCCUGGGAGAUCGCCCCAAGAACUCCGGCGGUCAGGCGGCCGAGCCCAAAGGGAAGAAGCUGAAGCGCAAGUACAGGAAGCGGCGGACGGAGGGCAAGAAGUCGGACGACGAGUGCUUCCGCUGCGGCGACGGGGGACAGCUGGUCAUCUGUGGGAAGAAGACGUGCACCAAAGCCUUCCACCUGUCUUGCCUCAACCUCUCCAAGAGGCCCUUCGGUCGCUGGGACUGCCCGUGGCACCACUGCGACGUCUGCGGCAAGAACUCGGUGGCCUUCUGCCAGCUGUGCCCCAACUCCUUCUGCAAGGCCCACCAGGAGGGGGCGCUGCGUGCCUGGCCCCCCACGGGGCAGCUGUGCUGCCAGGAGCACGACGAGCACCACCAGGAUGCCGCCGCCGUCGCCGCCCGUCUUGAGGGCCCCGGAAAGGCCCCGGUGAAAAACGCCAAGAGGAAAGCGACGGAAGCCUAAAAGAACAAAAGUAAAGAAGCUUCUUCCAUCUUGAGCUUGCCAGCUACACUUUUUCGGGGGUGGCUUUUUUUGGGGGGGCUUCCUGCACGGAGUGAUCCACUUCCUGUUCUUGAAAAUUUCCACCAAACUGCCUUUUUUUUUUUUUUAUAAAACAUUUUUAAAUAAACAUCGUAGAGUAAGUUAAGGGUCACGCUCGGGUCUCCUUCUCGUAGUUUCCAUCAAGACCAAAAAAGUAGAAGUCCUGACUUAGUGGGACGCAUCCCACAUGUUGCCAAAUGUAUUUUUAUUCUAAUAUAUAGAUUAUAAAUAGUAACAAUUUAUAUGUAUAUCCCAGGAAAGCUCGUACUAUGAUUUUGUCCGGUAGCCUCCCUCGUUUUUUUUUUUUUUUUUUUUUUUUUUAGUGAUCGCGUCCUAGAGGAGCUAAUACUAGAUCGUUGGGGGAGGGGCUCCGCUGCCCUUUGGCAAACACUACUGACAUGUUGAAAGGCUCAAAGCACAUUUUUUUUUUCAUUUUAUUUUUUUUUUCAUUUUGGGAGAUGAGAUAUCUGGCCCCUAAUGUGUCCAUAUGAAUCCGAAACGAUGGUGGAAUCAUGAAAAGCCAGUUUGCAGUCUCACGACCAAAAAGUCUGCUCGGAAGACGCGGUAAGCGGCCGGUGCUCGAGCGCCUUUGGAUGGCGAGUCGCAAUCAAUCAGUGCUCAGAUGUACGCAGUUGUUAAAUCGGCGUUUGCAGGGGGAGAUGUUUUUAUUUUUCAUUUUUUUUUUUUCCUUCCUCCCUGGCAGUUCCCGUUUGUUUCCUUUUCGUUUUUCACGAUGAGGUGACAAAGGCCACCAGCACGAACUGCGAUUUUCCUUUGAAAUGUCUCCGGAUCGCAGCGCCCGUAAGCGCGUUCCGAAUCUCCCGGGGUGUCCGAAGGCGUCCUGGUCACGUGCGGGGAUUUUUUUGUUGUUUUUGUUUUUCUACCUAACGAUCGUUAGUUAUCGCGCUAACCUUGAGGCUUUGUGUUGAAUGUACGUAGUGGAUUGUUGUGAGCACUGUUUAACUGGCUUGUAACUACUGCCCCCCCCCCAAAAAAAAAAAAAAAAAAAAACAGACUAAUAUGUACAUACUGUAUACGUGCCCAUAGUGUUGCCUUCUAUUGUAAAUAAAAACGUUUUUUUCCU